AGAAACCAGAAAUUUACAUAGUUGGACAAACGAAGCUACGUGAUAUAUACGCAAUUAUUUCUGAAAUUGGUAUAAUUAAAAAGAGACCGAACACACGUGCUUUAUAAAGUUACUGGCCACAACUGGGAUAAACGAACAAAUACGUGACUUAUUUUUUCAAAGACGAACUAUACAUCAACUGUAUGCAUCAUGGGAUGUUCAGAAGCAUCGAAGUUCGUUAAGAUUGCCCUUGGAAUAUGUAUUGCCGCUUUCCUGUUCCAUCUGGUUGCUUUCCCAACUCCAUACUGGAUACAAAUAAAUACUUCAUUCAGCGGACUUUUUAUGAUUUGUGGUUUAGGAUUCUGUGUGACAUAUACUGAAAACUUAAAAACUACCAAACUGAAAGCUACAACCGCUAUGGAGAUGUUGGGCUUCUUCGUGGGCCUGGCGUGUCUUGUGGUGACCGCCGGCUCGCUGUUUAUCAAGUCACUCACCCAGAAGAAGAUAAAGAUCGCUGGCAUGGUCCUCGCCUUCGUCGCAGCAUUCCUGAUCUUGCUGGGUGUGAUAAUUUAUGGGGCUGAGAACAACGAACGGCCUGUCCCGAUUGCCUACGGCUGGUCCUUCAUUCUGGAGAUCAUCGCAGGGCUGUUGUUCAUAGCCACUGGAGUCAUGCUCGUCCUGGACCUCGUCAUGGGAUCAUCAUAAUUCAUCUACUGCGUCAUAUCAUAAUGCAAUUAAAGAGAAUCGGUCAGCUUUUUUGACGCCGAAUUAAAAUUGUUACCCACAAUUAUGCUAUAGUGUUUUACAUCAAGGUUACAACUACAAAUUCAUUCAUACAUUUUUAAAAUUACUUUUAUAAAUAAAUAUGUAGUAUAGCGAAUAUUGGCUAUGGAAAUAUGAAACUAAUUCAAAAGCAUUGUGGAAUCUUCAAUUUUGGCAUCAAAAGCGGUUCUCUUUUAUUAUUAAUACUCUACUAUUAUUUUGUGAAACGUCUGGGAUAAAACAAAAUAUGUAUACACACACACGUACGUACGCACGCACGUACGCACGCACAUGAACUUUAUACCUCAUGUUUAAUCGUCAUACUGACUUUGCAAAUGUAUUUCGAUACAUGCUUUUGUCUGCAUAGUGAACAGCAUAAUCAGAUUAUUUUUUCAAAUAAUGUCUUUUGGAUAUUCAUGCACCCGAAAUCAGUUUAUAAACCAUGUUUAUUUAUUUAAAUAAAUAAAUCGAAUUAAUGUGGUCCGCUCCUCAGUGACUUCCCGCACGCACACUGCCAGCUGGAACAUGAAGCCCACACAAAGAAAAUUAAUACACGCUCAAACACAUCUUUCGACGAGGUCGUUUUCUCGGUGAGUGGAAUACCGGUUUAUUUUUAACCGAACCGCACAGCCCUGUAUUGAUCUGUUUGCUAUUUAUUGUUUUAUAUUGUUUAACUCAGGAAUACGGAAGCUUGAAAUUGGACCAGUCCCAUGUCAUUUAUUAUUGAUGUUCCAUGACCACCUAUAGAAUAUCAGUGACUAUUUCAGGGGCGGACCCAGGAGUCUGUAAAGGGGGAGGAGGAGGAGGAGUGUGUGUGUGUGUGUGUGUGUGUGUGUGUGUGCGUGUGUGUGUGAGCCGAAUCUCAAAGGGAGUAAAGUUUGUUGUACGAUUCGAGAGCCUGCUCCCCGGAAACUUCUAAAAUAAAGAUGUUCAGAUAAAAACGUGUUUUUAGAAAGCUUGUUGUGUGAUGUAGGCUAUAUCGUGAAUGGUGAAUGUAAAAAAAAGUUAUUAAAACACUUAAAACGGGUUGGAUGGAUGUCACGGAAACCCUACGACCCCCCCCCCCCCCGAUUCGCCAAUGUGCUUGCGAUAUGAAUCGCUACAUAUCUUAGGGCAGAGAUUAUCCACUCUAAAAAAAAGUAGCCACCUAGUGGUUUCAUGACAAACAGGAUCUAAAUAGUUUAUUCGUUAUAUAAUUAAUACUCGUAGUAUCCACGAUUUAUAUUUAAAAUAGGUGACUAUCGACAAUAUGGUACCAAGACAGAAUCGAGACUUUACAGUUACAUGAUAUUCCAUAUUAAAUCAGCGAUGCGUAGUGAUGAAGAUUAAAAACAGUUUUGGGUCCCAACUCCCUCGAUACUAUAAUGCAAAUCAAUGGCAGAAAGACCACAUUUGUAACUUAUAUUUUAUUACUACCUUAUUUAAAAUUUUCUUUAUCAAUAGAUAUAAAUAUUCUCUAUUGACUGAUAAACAUAACAAUUAAAAUUAAUUUGCGUUUUGUUCAAAUAUGCAGGUGACUUUCAAUCAGUAAAGCCAAUAUUUUCCUCAGAAUAACAUUGUGCAACACGUUUUGUAUCGGUCAGUUCUGACCAUCAUUUUACUGUGCCAACAGAAAUGACUUAAUUAAACGUUUGUUUAUUAAAUUUUGUAUGUGUGUGGUGGGCAGGGGGAUACGUGUGUUUGUGUUGGGGUGGGGGUGGGGGGUGCAAUACACGUUCAUAACAAACCUAAAAAGCCGCAUAGCAAAAUUAGUCUUACUACAAAUAUUUUACUUAUCAGUUCACAUAAGCUUCCCUUGGUGUAUGGCUACCAAAGCUGUCAAUAUUCUCGGUACAUUCUGACCCCCCUCCCCCGAGCCCCGUAAAGUGUAAUUCUAUACGUCUGUGUCCACCCCUACCGCACAGUGAUAACAGAAAUACUGGCAUGCUGACUUCACUGUAACAUUUAUUAAGAAAUGAAAUAAAAAUGAGACCUUCUGAAAACAACAAAAAACUAAACAAAACCUAACACCCAUCCCUACCCCCCCCCCCCCCCCCCACUCAACAAAAAAUCAACCAACCAGUAAAAUAACAAAAGCAACUCUUUUACACAUAUUAUUGUUGUAUUUGGAAAAAUGUGAACCCAAACUUUUUUUUGGAUGAUUUUGUUUAAAGGUAUACAUGUAUGUAUCGUUUGUUUUGAUGAUUUUGUUUAACGGUAUACAUGUAUGUAUCGUUUGUUUAACGGUAUACAUGUAUGUAUCGUUUGUUUAACGGUAUACAUGUAUGUAUCGUUUGUUUAACGGUAUACAUGUAUGUAUCGUUUGGACCCUUUUACAUUUAUAAUGUGAGCGGUUUUUAAUUAUAAUGAAAUAACAGAUGUUUUACUAUUUUCUACUCAUUUUUGUUAUCUUCUUCAUGUACUUACUACUGGUACGUUUUAUUGUAUAAUAAUAUUACAAUAUACAUUUUUAUAUAAUAUUUACAACACAAAUCUUUGUAUUGUGGACAAUUUUAGUUUUAUUUGUAUUGACAGUUAACUCCUAGUUUUGGGUAUAAUUAAACAGAGAAUUAAUAUUCUUUUGUAACUCUUCUUGUUUUUCAGCUAACAGAACCAUAUAAUCAGCAUACAUUAUCAUAUUCAAUUAGCAAACAAAAUCCGAUUUCUUCAUUUUUGAAAUGUUCUUUAAAAAUAACUUUGUGAAAAUAAUAAAACUCGAAAAAGUAAUAUUUCAUUAAUUAUUUUGAAAUGCUAAAUUUCAUAUGUGCUACAAAUAAUUAUGUUUCUUUAGGGGUCGUUCAUGAUUUUUUUUUUUUCGAAACAAACUGAAAAGUUACAGCUACAGACAUUAGCACACGACCGCAAACACAUAGGAUAAACAGACACUGGUAUUCUAAACAAGACAAAAUGUAUUUAAUAUGUAAAUUUGGUCACCAUAAAGUCUCUGUUAAUCGAAAACAUCUUACAGUGGAUGCAAACUGAGGACAGUCCUUUUAACCAUGUACCAGUUAACGUUUAACCAACACCAAGGACAGGAGAACAUUGUAAUCGUAAUGUAUGAAACUAGUGAAGAUUAUUUUUUGCCAUGUACGAUUGUUGUUCGAUGUCAAUACAUGAUGAAUUGGAAAAGAGUUCUGUCUUCGAUUGUUAUUUCUUCGGAGAAAAUUCCAAGGAACAUGCAAAUUUAUUUAAAAUGUUCAAAGGCCAUUUCAUAUAAUGGUGCCCCUUCUUUCCGUCCGGUAUAUAACCUUUAAGAGCAAAUGUCUGAAGAUUAAACUAAAUUUGUAGACAAUAAAAACUAUAAUUACCAAAUUACACAAGUUGGAAUCAUUAUUUUUGUUUCAAAAUUAUUAGCAAUAAACAAAGUGUUCCGGACAGGACAAAAAAGGAAACUCUUAUAUGAAGUGACCCUUAAGACAAUACAAUACAAUACAUAAUACAAGAUUCCUGUUGGGUAUUCUAUAGUAAUUACAAUGUUUUCGCAUCAGGUUCCUGUCCAGGGCCCCGUUCCACGAAGCGAUCUUAGUGCUACGAUCACCUUAAGUACAUAAGGUUUUUAAGCUCUUAAAGUGAUCUUAGGGCUAAGAUCGCUUCGUGGAACGGGGCGCUGAACGAAGGUGGCGGCAGUGGUCGGAACUUGCUCUGAAUGUGUCCGUUAAAACAUUUGACCAUAUCCUUGCAUCAUUACUGGGUAUCAUUUGUGUCGGAGCUAGGGUUAGCAAGUUUGGGGAACACCAAUGCCCAAAAUUAAAUCUGAAGUUACUAGAAUAUGCGUUGAAAUUCAAAUGAAUAUGCUAUUUAUUACCUUCCGACGCCUACAUGUAUGAUAAUUAUUUUUUGAAAAAGUUUGUUUUCUUUAACGACACCACUAGAGCACAUUGAUUUAUUAAUCAUCGGCUACUGGGUGUCAAAGAUUUGGCCAUUUUAACGUCUAGUCUUAGA